AUGGUUAUCAAGACAGAUUUGUGCUCUUUUAGUGAAUGGCGUAUUUACCCUGGACAUGGUCGUAGAUUCGUGGCUAAGGAUGGUAGAUUAUUUUACUACUUGAAUCAAAAGAGUAGAGCAUUUUCUGCCAGAAAAAUUAAAAGCCAAGAAAUUCAAUGGACUAUUGCUUGGAGAAGAUUGAACAAGAAGAUUAAAACAGAUGAAGGAGCAAAGAAGAGAAGAAUCAGAAAUCUCAAGGUCUAAAGAGCUAUUGUUGGUAUAUCACUAGAAGAGAUUAGAAGAAGAAGAAAGGAAGAUGAAAAAACAAGAAAAGCUCAAGCUGAAUAGGCUGCUAGAGAAAUCAAGGACAGAAAGCAGAAGUAAAUUGAGACAUAAAAGUCACAAAGAAAAGGUGUAACAACCACUUAAAAAGCUGCACAAAAGGCCGAAACUAAGGCAGCACAAAAGGCUGCUGCUAAAGGAGCAGGAAAACCAAAGGGAAAGAAAUGAUAAAUUAUUAAAUGUACAUUAAUAUUACAAUAUAAACUACCUCUAUAGA